AUGAGUCUAGUGGCGUGGAAUUGUCGGGGUGUAGGUAGCCCGAGUGCAAUUCCCGACCUUAAGUAUCUAGUUCGGCAUUUCAAUCUGGACCUUUUAUUUUUAAGUGAGACUCUAGCUCACCGAAAUAAAAUUGAAGAACUUCGUUUUCUGCUUGGUUACGAUUGUUGUUUUCUUGUAGACCGCACCGGUAGAGGCAGAGGUCUUGCAUUAUUUUGGCGUAAUUCUUUACAUUGUCAACUUGUUGAUUUUUCGAGUAAUCAUAUUACUGUUGAGAUAAAUGAUAUUGUUCUUGGUACUUGGAGACUUACUGGCUAUUAUGGCUAUCCUAAUGGAGGUCGUAGAACUGCCGCUUGGAAUUUUCUUCGACAACUUUCUCAUCAAUUUACAGGUCCUUGGUGUAUCUUUGGCGAUUUUAAUGAUAUCCUUGAUGCAAGUGAGAAAAGGGGGCGCAUCACUAGACCUCCGUGGCUUAUAAACGGGUUUCGUCAAGCUGUUAUUGAUUCAGGUUUGUCUGAUGUUCCAAUUGAAGGUUAUCCAUUUACUUGGUUCAAAAGUCUAGGCACUCCGUGUGCCGUGGAAGAAAGAUUAGAUCGUGCACUUGCUAACAAUUUGUGGUUUAAUAUCUUUCUGAAUGCUACUGUUGAAACUUUGGUAGCACCUGUUUCUGAUCAUUAUCCCAUAUAUGAAUAUUCUACCCAUACUAUUAUUCCGAAGCUUUCCUCUUGCGCGGAAGACAUGUCUGUUUGGAAAAAAUCACAUUGUCAUAAAUUAAAAACUGAUAUUGAAGAUUGUCGCAAACAAUUGCAGGAAACUCGGUUAGGAUCUGCUGGUAAUAAAAUUACUAAUGAGCAGGAUAUGCAAGACGUGGCAAGGAAAUAUUUUGUAAAUAUUUUUCAACAACAGAAUAGUGAUUCUUCUUCCGUUAUUGAUGUUAUUAAUCCGUCUGUUUCUGAUAAUGACAAUGAAAUGCUCACGGCCCCGUUCUCUAAGGCAGAGUUCAAGGAUGCUAUUUUCUCUAUGCAUCCAGAUAAGUGUUCAGGCCCAGAUGGCUUCAAUCCGGGUUCUACGCAGGUUAGCAUGAAGGACUGGCGCCCUAUAGCACUUUGUAAUGUGUUAUACAAAAUCAUUUCGAAAGUGUUAGCAAACCGGUUGAAGAAAGUGCUGCCUAAAUGCAUUUCCGGCAAUCAAUCCGCCUUCGUCCCAGAACGCUCAAUUUUAGAUAAUGCUAUGGUAGCAAUUGAGGUUUUACAUUUUAUGAAAGCCAAGACGCUAGGGGAAGACAGAAGGUUUAUCUUCGCUUAUCAGAGAUGCCGAGACAAGAGGUGUCCUCUCACCGGUACAAAGGUUUGUCGUCAAGCACCGUCAGUUUCUCAUCUUUUAUUCGCUGAUGAUUGUUUUCUCUUUUUCAAAGCUAACGAGGGUCAAGCACAUGUUAUGAAGCAUAUUCUAUCCACUUAUGAAUUAGCUUCUGGUCAAGUGAUCGGUUUACCAAAGUCUGAAAUAUAUUGCAGUCGUAAUGUUCCUGAUGACCUCAAAGCUAACAUUACAGAUAUUUCAGGCGUCCAACUUGUGUUGGGCACAGGUAAAUAUUUUGGCUUACCUUCUAUGAUAGGUCGAGAUCGAAAUGCUACGUUUGCUUAUGUUAUACCCUGA